CUAAGGGCGGCCGCCAUGGCGGCGCCCGGGAGCGCGGCCUUGCCCGUCCUCAUCCUUCUCUUCAUCCUCCUCCUCCUGCUCCCGCCGCCGCUCCGGGCAGCGGAGCCGAGCGAGGAGCCCGCGGACACUCGCGGUGCCGCCCAGGCACGGGCCUACAGCGCGCCGGCCCCGGUCACGGACGUUGCCAGGCUGUGCGUGUGUGACCUGCUGGUGGCACAGUGUGACGUCAACUGCUGCUGUGACGCCGACUGCAGCCCGCAGGAGUUCGGCCUCUUCACUGCCUGCUCCGUCCCUCUGGUGAGGGGUGACAGCCACCUGUGCAGGCAGAAAGCUGCUGUGUAUUCCCUUGAUGUGGAAGCAAACCCACCAGAAAGGACAUUUCAAUUAAUUGACCAGGUCAACCCCAGUAUUUUCUGCAUUCAUGCUACAAACUAUAAACAAGCACUUUACCUCAGGUCCCCUGAAAUGCCAACUCCAGAAAAUUUUGAUGAUUUGCUUAAUGAGUUUGGGAGUUCUGCUUUCAGUGCUGAGCCUGAGAAUGUGGACACAGACCCUCCUGAUGCAAAUGAAACUCAGAGAUAUGAGUAUGGGCUCCCUAUACAGACACAGGAUGCAUUCCUGAGGCUGCCCAGUCCUGUUGUCUCCUCCUGGUGCUCGGAUGCCAAUCCUGCAGGGUUUUUAGUAAACCAGGCCACAAAAUGCAUCAGAUCAGUAAGUGUGGAAAGAUGUGAAAGCAUUCAAGCACUUAAUAUGCAGUUCUACAUCAACUCCAGCAUUUUGGCAGUGCCCAAAUCAACUCAGAAGGUGAACAUCUCUGUGCAGUCCAUAGCUGUCCAGUCCCUGGAGGGAAUGAGGACUCUGCUGAAGGGUGCUGAUGGCCUGAGGCUCCCCCUGAUUUUGGAUGACCUGUGCUUAAAUGUAGUCCUUGGGGUGAGUUAUCACAUUACCUACACAGACACAGGAGAAAUAAUAGAAGCAGCUGCUGCUUUUGUCUUGGGGGCAAUUACCAAAGAAACCCUUUCAGUCCAGCAGAGCUUCCAAAUCAGCUUCACUCAGGUAGACACGAAGCCAGCUCCUCUCAGUGGCAGUCCUGGGUACGUGGUUGGGCUGCCUGUGAGGGCAGGGUUCGGCCCUCGAGGAUCUGGCAUCACUCAGAGCACCAGCAGGCACAGCCAGCUCUCCAUCCUGCAGAGCACACCCAGCCAGGACUGCCUGGCAGCACAGGCAGCCAGAGCCCCCGUGUUAUUCGGUCACAACAUGAUCUCAGGCUGCAAGUUACGAAUUACAGCAGCUAUGAAAUGCCAGCCUUUGGCUCAGACCCUCCUGGAUGUACUGAAGGGCCAGAGCUUUCCUGAGUACGUGGCCUCCUUUGGGAAUUCCCAAGCCCAGGAUGUGCUUGACUGGGUGCCAAUAACUCACCUCCACAUCUCAGAACAGAGCUCGUGCCAAAUUCCGGUGUCCUUUGGAAUAGAAGUGAAGUGGACUAAGUAUGGAUCCCUGGUCAAUCCCCAGGCCAGGAUAGUGAAUGUCACAGCAACACUCACCACCACCACACUGCAGCAGCUCCCCUCAGGAAGGGAAAGGACCAUUCCUAUAACAAGUUCUGUUGUUUUCACUGACAUUUCCUCACCUGCAGAGCCAGGCUAUAAAGCUUGGCCCACCAUUAACAUCAAGUUACCCUAUGAUUUUUUCUACCCAUUUGUCUAAGUCUCUCCACAGGCACCUUCCAGUACCUGGAACUGCUCCUGUUGUGUUCAAACACCAGCCUGGCUCCUUUAGAAUUUGCUUUUUCAUGGCUUUUCUGCAGCCUGACUGUUCCCAGCAGUUCCACUCCCCUCCACCUGCUCUGACACAUUCCAGUCCUUUGAACACCUCGAUUUACGAGCUGUGGGAACAAAAGAACUCAGUAGCCCAGUGGGAUGGGAACUGGAAAGGGAAGAAGGGAUGAGAAAAGGCAGUGCCAGGCCUGGAAGAAAGCUCUGGUGACGUAGGAGGGCACAUGUUUGGCCUCUAUUUUGGGGCUGAUUUGAUUGUCGAGGGAAGGAGUGGCCUGUUGGUGGUUUUGAAACAAAUGUUAUAUAAAUAACAGAGCGGCACAAGCAGCAACAGAAAUGAGGAAACUACCAACAAUAUGAGAAGAAUGGUUGGCAAAGAGAUGUAUUGAUGAUGAACAGUCAGCUGGUGGAGGAGAAAUGAUCUUUUCAUGCCCCAGUUCUCUUAUCAUUUCUACUGCAAGUUCUACAAGAUGCUGCAAACAAAGAAGGUUGUCACAGAAAAGAUGAAAUUAUUUUAAAUAAGUGGUACUCCUGUGGGGUGUAGCUUGUAAAGGUGUGUCUUUAUUAAAUUAUUUUGCAGA